GGCUAUCGCCUUGGCGGGAUUAGUGUCAGGUUUUCUUUAAAAAACAGCAUACGUUCGUCUGUCCCAAGCAGUCAACGUUACGCUCUCAGCAGUUAAGCAAGUGUCAACGCUGUUAUCACUCAGGCUCAGGCACUUAACGUACGUUUUCACUUGGCGGUUAAUUGAAUUGUAUUCAAAAUCCAAUUACAAUGGACUUGAUGACCAUGGACCAUGAUGAUCAUGGAUCAGAAUCUGUAACCGCUGCCAAAUCUUGCCCAAUGAUCAUGGUGUUCCAUGGCGGCCACUGUGAGCGUAUUUUGUGGCGUGGCUGGGUGGCAGCAACAGUUACCGAGUUCGCCUUCUCCUGCAUUGCAUUUUUCGUGCUCUCUUUUCUCUACGAGUUGCUCAAGUUUCUGCGUGAGCAUCUGAUUCGACGGGAGGCGCGCCGGGAGGCUGAGCUGGCCGCGGAGCUGCGCCAGAAGAACAGUGUGAACGACUGCGGAGGCGGCUGCUCGGAAACGCCACUGGCCGAAAUCAGAGAGAAGACAUAUUGGCAACGCAUUUUGAACACACCGCACAUAAUCCAAUCUCUGUUGAAUCUGGUGCAAAUUAUCAUUUCCUAUUUGCUCAUGUUGGUCUUCAUGAACUUCAACUAUUGGCUGUGCUUGUCCGUGGUUUUGGGUCUGGGCGUGGGUUACUUUUUCUUUGGUUGGAUCAAGAAAGAUCCGCAAGAGAGCGAGUGUUGCCCUUGAACAAACUAUAUUCAGCUAAGGCUCACAUAUAUAUUUACACCACAAUAUGUAUGUAUAAAUUUUAAAAUAAGCCUGCAACUAGUAUUUUUUUUAAGGAAGGCGCCACGCCUUCAGUCCGAGCAUGUUUCUUGUCAGCCCCCUUUACCGCAUAGUUAUUAUAAAAGUGGCAUUGAUAAUUUGCUUGAAAAAGAAACCAAUUUUAUUUUUAAAAUUUCGUUUUGAAUUUUAUGGCAUAAAUUAGUCAACUAGUAUUUACUUAAAGAGCAUAAUGUACAAAUAAUUAUGAGAACAAGAACCUAGGUUUAAUAAAGUUUAUACAUUUUAUAACACAA